AAAAACGUGGUGUGGACCCGGCCUAAAAUUGGUCGUGCACACAAACAAGCCUCAUAUGGGUCUGUAGGUGGAAGAAUAUAAGCGUUAUGGCUCUUAGAAGGUGAGGAGGAAAAAACGAAAACGCUAAUCUGAAAAUUGGCUGUGUCCUCGCGGGGUUAAGAGUCCUUUCGCUCUAUGGAUACCCGUUGCGGUGGUGAUGGGUUAAAAGGGCGGAGGCUGGGACUCCUCCCCUAGGAUAGUCCUUCCUCCUAUCAGUCCAUCCAGUGAGGGGAUUCCCUUGAUGUGAGACAGUAGAGAAUAGACAUGGCAUCUCCGUGGCUGUCAGGAUGGGGGUCCCUGCUCUUGGUGGGCAUUCUGGUCUCUGUAGUGCAUUCUGCUCCCACCUACGAGACGUACUACUUCGACCAAAAGAUUGACCACUUUGGGUUUUAUGAGGAUGCCACUUAUAAGCAACGUUACCUUGUUUCCGAUACCCACUGGAAAAAACCUGGGGGCCCCAUCCUCUUCUACACUGGCAAUGAAGGAGACAUCACGUUGUUUAGCAAUAAUACGGGUUUUAUGUGGGAUAUAGCCGAGGAGCUUGGCGCCAUGUUGGUAUUUGCAGAACACCGUUAUUAUGGAGAGUCUAUGCCCUAUGGUAAUCUGUCCUAUAGUGAUCCUAAAUACUUGAAUUAUUUGACCUCGGAGCAGGCACUGGCAGACUUUGCCAUUCUAAUACGGUUCUUAAAAGAAAGCUCUGAAUCAAAGGAUAGCCCAGUGAUCGCCAUCGGGGGCUCGUACGGGGGGAUGCUGGCCGCCUGGUUGAGAAUGAAGUAUCCUCAUGUUGUAGUGGGGGCUCUCGCAGCUUCUGCCCCCAUUUGGCAGUUUGAAGAUUUGGUUCCCUGUAAUCUGUAUUAUCAAAUUGUGACAAAUGACUUUAAAAAAAGCGGCCCAGGAUGUGCUGAAAGUAUCACCAAGUCCUGGUCGGCCAUAAAUCGCAUGUUUGAAACCGAUGAAGGCAUCAGAUGGUUGUCCAGCGCAUUUCGCUUGUGUUCUCCUCUCAAGUGCCAGGAUGAUGGAGCGGCCUUCAAAAACUGGUUAAGUGAGACCUGGGUGAACCUGGCCAUGGUUGACUAUCCAUACCCAGCAAACUUCCUGGAGCCUCUGCCAGCCUGGCCCAUCAAGGAGGUCUGUACAUAUUUGAAGAAUCCAAACCUGGAUGACAAAGAACUGCUGCAGAACCUCUUCCAGGCAAUUAAUGUAUAUUAUAACUACACUGGGAACACCCCGUGCCUCAACACCUCGCAGACGGCUGUCGGGAGCCUGGAUGACCUAGGUUGGAGCUAUCAGGCUUGCACAGAAAUGGUGAUGCCGUUCUGCUCCGAUGGAGUCACGGACAUGUUUGAGCCUCAGACAUGGAAUUUUGAGGCUUUUUCAGACGAGUGCUAUAAACAGUGGGGCAUCAGGCCUCGCCCCAAAUGGAUCACAUCCGUCUAUGGUGGGAAGAACAUCAGCGCUGCUAGCAACAUUAUCUUCAGCAAUGGCGAUCUGGAUCCGUGGUCAGCCGGCGGCGUCAAGCAGAGCCUCAGUGACUCCUUAGUGGCCAUCCUCAUCAAAGACGGGGCCCACCACCUGGACCUGCGCUCCAACAACGCUUAUGACCCCAGGUCUGUCAUCGAGGCUCGGGCGUUGGAGGUGGCCUACAUGAAGAAGUGGAUAAAGGAGCACAGUCUGCAAGUGAAUGGAAUUUAAUGGGCCGGUACCUCCUGUGCUCUAGUAGACCAAACUUCAUAAACUUCUCAGGGCCUGGAUGGUGGAGCUUUCUUCGAGGGUUGGAAAUCCAAAGCUUCCGCAUGUUGGAUGUUGAUGGACAUUAGACAUCAAGUCGUCUUUUGACCUCAUAAAGGAACAUUUCUACAGAAGGGAUUAACAUUGGGCCUGAGGGGGGCAUCCUGGCACUUUUUUUUUUUUUACCUCCUCUUUAAAGAUAUCAAUACAUUCCAAAUCUGGAACAUGAAAUGAGUUUAUUAUGGGGUUGUUUUGGCUUUUGGUGGGUGUGGUGGGACACUUUUACAAAUGCCAUCUUAGGGCAUGCUUAAAUAAUGGUAGAACGUUCCUCUUUCGGCCACCACUCACAACCUCUGUUGCGUCCAUUGCAUGUUGGUUACCUUACCUAAGAACCUCUGUUUGUCUAAAAUAUGGCUUCCUGGAGUGACUCGUAUUAGGAGACUGGCUCCUCGAAAUUGGUCAUGACCGGCGCCGAUUCUAUUCAACUGUGCUACCGCCUCCUAGUAUUACUAGGACUUAAAACAUUGUAUCAUCUGUACUGAACAAACAAUUUUCCAUCUAAAAUUAAAAGGAGUUCUGUAGUGGAACAUAACUUAUGCCCUAUCCAAAGAAUAGGGCAUGAGUAAUAAAUUGUGGGGGUCCGACUGCUGGGACCCCCCCGAUCUCCUGAACAGGGCCCAGGCAGUCUGCUGAAAGGGGGCGUGCUGACCCCUGCACGGAACGGUUGCCGACAAGCCCCUAUCCCAUAGAGAUAUGUGGAGGGGGAGUGUUAGCCGCGGCUUCCAGCGGGGGUCGGAACGGCCGCUUCCGGUAGACAGCCGGGGCCCUGUUCAGGAGAUCGCGGGGGUCCCAGCAGUCGUGCCCCCCUCGAUCUAUAACUUAAAGGGGUACUCCAGUGGAAAACUUUUUUAUUUUUUAUUUUUUUAAUCAACUG